AUGGCAGAUAGAAAGAGAGCACAUUAUGAUUCAAAUACGAACUACGGCCCAUCUCCAAAGAAACCUUACAAUGCUCAAUCUUCAAGUGAAAGUUUGCAAAAUGAACAAGGUGCGAGUUCAGAUGGUUUGAGUGACUAUCAAGCUUUUGCUAACAUUGAUAUUUCUGAACCGGAAUGGCUCGAGAAAUAUCAAAAGGACGCGUUAGUCAGCGCAAUGAGGAAAUACAAAUGUCAAGCGGUAGAAGCUUUGGAUUUAAAUCAAGAUCUGCUUGGGAAAGACGAAGGGUAUAGAAAAAAGUUAAUAAUAGUAUAUCAACUCUUGGAGUAUUUGCGAAAGUUUCUAAUUCGGUUUUAUGACGAGGUUCAUCUGAAUGGAAUAAGUUCCACGGAUGUUCAUUUUAAUGGACCCUAUUUGAAUCGGACGAAUGAUAGCUUACAUGAAAAUGAAUCUCUAGAGUACACGCGACGAAUUGUCGCAGCAAUUGUUGAAAAAAUGACCAAUUGGUUCCGCGGACGGGAUGAAUUUUUGAAGGAGAUGAAAAAUUAUGAUCAUGAUGAUAACGCAUCCCGCCUGGCCGAAGAAUACUAUAAGGAGAUAGAAAAAUUUAAUAGCAUGUAUUCGGAUAUAGUAGAAAAGAUUGGUUCAUACGAAAAUAGAUUAUCCGAGGUUCAUUCUCUUAUACGUGAAUUAGAAAUCACCAGAGCCAGUCUUGAACUGACUUCUCGGAAUCUUGAAAGUACUCAGGAUAAACUAGAACAGUUGGAAAAAAGCGUAGACCGAUCGAAUAUUUUUGUGAUAAAUCCAUUUUUACACCUUGGGAGGAAAGCUGAUAGUAAAUCGGGUAAUUCUGUGAACAAAUCAAUGUCAGAAAAAUUGGAACUGAUAGAAUUAAGAACGAUAGCUGAAUCUCGGGUAAAAGAAUUAAAUGAUACUCAGGCCGAAAAAGCAGAAUUGAGAAGAAAGAUCCAAGAUCUUCAGGAAAAGAUAAGGUGUCUUCCCGAGGAACGCAUUAGAGAAUCAGAAUUGUUCAAGAUUCUUCAGCUCGAACUUGAUGCUCUUAAUGAUUCGUAUGCACAUUUAUACGCUCUCUUUGAAAUAAAAACCAGAGAGGCUCAAACAUUGACAGUGUCAAGGGAUAAAGUUGAUGAUUUGACAAAGUCGGAAAUGAAACGAAUGGAUCAAGAAUUCCAGGAAGUAAAAAAGGAGUAUCAUAAUGAUCUAGAGCGCAUUCGUUCAAAGAGGAAUGAAUUAGUUAAGGAGGUAGAAUCUCUUCGAACCAUGAUACCUCAAGAGUUCCAGAAAAUUUCGUCAAUCAGAAUGGAAAUUAUUCAUAAUUUAAAAGAGGAGGUGCGUAAGUUAUAUACCAGAAUUGCAGAAAUUGAAAGUAAUAAAAGUCGCAAGAGCCUUCCUUCCUUUGGUGAAUCAUCUGCUCGAGAAUCUCAAGAAAAUGACCUAACCAAAAAAUUUGAAACCAUUUCUACCGAGAACCAAAUGAAGAUUGAACAAAUUGGGGAUUCAUGCAAACCGGAGUAUAUUAAAGAGUUAAACGAUCGAAUACGGGAACUUGAAUUUAUGAAUGACAUUUAUAGACAAUACGAAAAAGCACAGUCUUCUGAGAUCGAAAUGUUGUUUUCGCAGCAGAAAAGAAGAGAUGAUGAUACGCAUGUUUCCGUUUUCGAUACGCAAGAUCAAAGGAUCGAACCGUUAAAACAAUCGCUUAUUAAGUUUCAGCAGAAACUUGCUGAGAAAACCGAGGAAAAUUUAAAGAUUCAAAACGAAAUAAGCUCUAUGAAUAUUGUUGUAUCACAACAACAUGAGCAACUUGGUACACAAAAAAACGAAUUAAAUUCAACCAAAUCACAACUGGAAAAAUAUAGUAAAGAUUCUGCAAGUGCUCUCCAAUCGCUGGUUAUGAUUAAGCAAAAAUUAGUGUAUAUCGAUAAUGAAAUCAAAGUAGAACAAAAGAUCUCUGAGAUGCUGCGUAACGACAGAGAUGCAAAUGUUAAGGAAUACAGUCAAGAAUUACGGCGACGUGAUGAAGAGAAAAGAGUAGCUGAGAAGAAAAUGAGGCAAAUGAAGGAACAACUGGAGGUAGCAACCAAGGAAGUUGAAGAGCUUCGAUCAUCUGCACUGUCAUCUGAUGCACAGAAAUUGCUUGAAGCAUAUGAGACCAAAUGGAAUGCUUGGAUAGACAGUUCGAAAGUCGAAAUCGUAAAUGCGCAAAAUGCGGACAACAAUUCA